UAAAACUGAUGAAGUUUCAGUUACUGCAUUUGGGUUCCCAGAUAAUGAAACUACAGCCUUUUGGGUCGGAACAGAAGAGGGUAAUGUAUAUCAAGUUAAUCGACGUGGACGCCCUGGAGGCAAAGCUGGAAUCAACCAAUAUGACUUUUAUAAAGGCCAUUGGGGCCCGGUCACUGGUCUUCAUUUCCACCCUAAUAAUGGUUCAGAAGAGUUUUCUGAUUUAUUCUUGACUUCAUCCGUAGAUUGGACUGUAAAGUUAUGGAGAGCUGAAUCAUUUUUAAAACCGUCAACACAUCUCCAAAUUAUUACACCACUACAUUCUUUUGAAAGUUCAGAUGAUUAUGUUUAUGAUGUAAAAUGGUCACCUCGUCAUCCAGCACAAUUUGCUUCUGUUGAUGGUACUGGAAAGUUUUCUUUAUGGAACAUGAAUGUGGAUGUUGAGGUACCUAUUGUUAGUACUCAAGUUGGUGAAGGAAAGGCAUUAAAUAAGGUUCAAUGGGAUAAAGAAGGAAGAAAGACAGUAAUUGGAUCUUCUGAUGGACGUGUUCAUAUUUAUGAUAUAGGAGAG